CUAAAGCAAGCAAAAAUAACAGAGAAUAGGAAAAUAAUUUUAAAUGUGAUAUAAAUUGAAAAAAAAAAUGCAAGAUGACUCUGCCACUGUCGAGAAUCGAUUACACGGCUGUAGGCGUCACGUCUAAAGGAACCACCAAGAUAUUCCCAGCGACGGAACACAGGCAGACUCAGAAGUUCGCCGUUGCUGACCACGACGGUAUUCUCCACGUCUAUGGUAUCAAAAAGGGAGAGCUGCAGGUGUCGUUCAAGUCUCUGCCUGGACCAAGGAUUAACAAAUUAGUCCUCGCAGGCAGUGGACGAGAUAAAAUUUAUAUCGCUCAAGGAAAUACCGUCCGUGGCUUUACUAAAAAAGGAAAACUGUUUCUCGAGUUUGACACCAAUCUCAUAGAUCCCAUUUCAUCCUUACACGUGCUGGGUCCUGAUUUGGCAGCGUGCGCUAGAGAUCUGUAUCACAGGUAUCAUGAUUGCAAGGAUGCUGACUCGUAUCUGGCAGGCGAGAUCUUAAACGACGUCGUCCUUCUGCCUACUGACAGCAAUUUCGUAUUUGCUAUACUCGCCUGCGGCGAUUGUGCUAUUCGAGUCCUGCAUGGCACCAAGAGUCCUGCGGUCCUCAGGCUUCCAAGCGUUCCCACAGUAUUAUCUUUACAAAGAGAUGGUGACGUAGACUCGAAAGAACGUGUCCUUGUUGGAACGGUGGAUGGCAAAGUGGGUUUACUGAUCCUACAGGGUACUAAAACUCUGAGGAUCACUUGGUUGUUGAAUACAACGGGACCGGAAAUCACUUCUCUGGAUACGUAUAAGUUGCAAGAUGGUUUGGAUAUUCUUAUUGGUCGGCAGGACGGUGCUGUUGAGGUGUACACUUUCCCUGAAGAAGACAUGGUUCCCUUGCUACGUUAUCGUCAUAAUGCGAACGAGAGCGUGACUUCAGUGAUGGGAGGAGUGGUCGGUGCUGCGGGAUAUCCAGAAGUCCUGGUCACGACUUAUUCCGGAAGAAUAUUCGGUUUGACUACCAGACCUCCAGGGCUGCUAGAGAUCGAACAGAACGACGGCUUGGCGAAGCUAAGAACGGAGAUACAGCAAUUACAAGAGAAACUUAACGAGGAGAAAGAAACGGGCAUCGCGACUGACUCUCUGGCACCGUUAAUUCUUUCGGUGAACCACAGGAUGGUUUUGAAAACGGAAGACGCGUCGUAUUCCCUUUCGGUGGAGCUUGAUACGCCGAUUGAUAACAUUUUGAUUCAAUCAGACACGCCGAUUCAGUUAUUGGAUGUGGAGAGUAAUAGUGCGGUGGUCAGUUUGUCAGCUUGCAACCCCAAAGAAGGAAACUUCGUCCUCGCUACCUAUCGUUGCCAAGUGAAUACUAAUCAUCUAGAGAUGAGGCUGAGGACCAUCGAGGGACAGCCUGGCACUUUGCAAAUUUAUGUCACAUCGCAAGUGCAACCGAAGUGCUGUCGUAAGAUUCAAAUACCCAUUUGCUCCCUUUCGCUUCACGUGAGGCAGCAUCAGGAGGAAAACGCGGAGGGACCAAACGGAGGCCCGUUCAACGAAUUGAGACUAGUUGGCAGUUUUACGACUGCGGAGAUGCAUGCCUGGCUGUCUCUUGUAUUACCCGACGUCCCCGAAAGACCUCACCUUGAAGAAGGGGAAGCUACACUGACGUAUGUUUCUGCUUUCAUCGGUACUCUACUUAAAUGCAAAUACAAAAAAGGCAGUGCGACAUUUCUUGGGGAGAACAUAUCCAGUAUUAUAAUCCUUAGGGACGUGUUGACCAGAGAAGCAACGAAGAGAAAAAUCAAAUUAGACGUCUUUUGUGGUACGAUUAUUCUCCUGUUUAAUAUAUUUUUUUCUAAGAUUUCUUUUUCUAUUCGUCGCGCCUCUGCAGACGUCGUCGAAGGUAGUCUAACCAGAGUGCUAGAAUUAAUUCUACCGCGGCUGAACGCUGUUCACGGUUUGAUCACGAAAAUAAAAAUUCUGAACGCCCUCGAGGAAUGGGAGUUAAAAGAAAAUCCGAAAGAAAACUUGUGCAGUGAAUAUCAGGAAUUGGUACAAAAUGAGGGAGAGACUAAAUCGCAAAUGGCGAGGGAUAAUGAAUUAUUGGAAAGGCUCCACGCGAUGAUCGUGGAUCUCUACGUUGACUGGGAGAGGGCCAAACGUUCCCGAAGGAUCAGCAGCAAAGAGGCUGCGGGUAAACUCAGUGCGGCUCUCGAAUCUAGAGAUCUGUCCCAACUGUUGCACGUGUUCGUCGAUUCUGAUGACGUGACUCCCUUACCUUCGGUGCCUUCAAUCAUUAUUUAGAUACAAAC